UAUCAAAUCAAUAUUCUUCCGAGGCCGCGUUUGCUCCUGUCAUUCAUUUAUUUUAUUUACUGAUGCUGUGAGCGGUCUUGCUGCACGUUAUCACCACCGUCAAUCCCAACUAUGUCGUGUUUCAUCUAUUGACUUUUAUUUCAUUAUAGAUCUAGUACAAAUUCGCUGUUUUAAAUUAUUGGUGAACAUAUUUUAAAUAAAUUAUUUGGUCGAUGUCAAACUGUUUAUAAUUUCUAGCGUCAGUUUAUAUUGAAUAAAUUACGAUUGCGCGGUUCGUGUGGUCCAUAAAAUAAAUUAAACAGCUGCGGUGUGAUCAUUGAAAGCACUUCUUGUUACCUUCAAUAAAAUCCAUCAAAAAUGGCAGCAAAACAACCACCACCUCAGCAACCAACACAACAGUUUGCAUUGCUGCCAAAAAUCAUAAAUGGAGGUAUAGCCGGUAUCGUGGGCGUGACCGUGGUGUUCCCCAUAGAUCUAGUCAAAACGCGGCUGCAGAAUCAAGUCAUUGGCAAAGAUGGGAAAAAGCAGUACGAAAAUAUGAUGGACUGCUUUCGUAAGACCUACGCUGCGGAGGGCUACUUCGGCAUGUACCGAGGUUCUGCAGUGAACAUCCUCCUCAUCACACCAGAGAAGGCAAUCAAGCUAGCCGCCAACGACAUGUUCCGAUUCUACCUCACGAAGAAAGAUGGGACCCUGCCAAUUAGUCGGCAGAUGGUGGCGGGCGGAAUGGCGGGCGCUUGUCAAAUUGUCAUCACCACUCCCAUGGAACUGCUCAAAAUACAAAUGCAGGACGCGGGCCGACUCGCCUCACAAGCCAAAGCAGAGGGCAGAGAGUUCAAGAGGACUACGGCGUUGGAGCUGACGCGGAAGCUGUUAGCGGAGCGCGGCAUAGCCGGUCUGUACAAGGGGAUAGGAGCGACGGCGGCGCGUGACGUCACCUUCAGCAUCGUCUACUUCCCCCUGUUCGCCACUCUCGUCGACGUGGGACCCAAAGUAAACGGCGCCACGCCCUUCUGGUGGUCUUUCACAUCCGGAUGCAUGUCUGGGUGUUUCGCCGCUGCGUUCGUGAACCCGAUGGACGUCGUCAAGACACGCAUGCAGACGCUCACGAAAGGCAGUGGGGAGAGACAGUAUUCCGGCAUAUUGGACUGUGUUCGGUCCACUUUAGUCCACGAAGGUCCGACGGCGUUUUUGAAAGGCGCCGCCUGUCGUAUCAUGGUGAUCGCUCCGUUAUUCGGCAUCGCCCAAAUGGUAUACUUCUUCGGCAUAGCUGAGGCCCUCCUGCACCUCAAGAAGUAAACGGAGCCACACCACUCGUAUUUGUGUUCAGUUCUCUCUUUAGAUCCCUAUAAUUUCGCGCAUUGUUUGUUAAAUAUAAUGUCAAUUGCAUUUUAAGACGGUGAGUAUUGCGUUAAUUUAAAUUAUUAUUAUGCCACUAGAGUAUAUGACGUUUAAAAGGCGUAUUUAUAGAUUAUGAAUACAAUACAUGAGCCAAUACAUGUCGAUGCAUGAGUCAUGUCAGGGACCUUUGGCGGCUCAAUAGUAAUCCUGACACCAGGGUUGAUGAGGUUGGUACUUCGCCUCACAAAUCACACGAUAGAAGAAGAAGAAGAAUACAAUGCUUCCUUUCUGGACAACAGGAUGCAAUCAACAAGACAAUAAUGAUUUGGUCUCCCAAGGAAUGUAUUCAUUUUAAAUAGCGUUAUCAUAUUUGUUGUAAUGGUCCUCGUAUCACUUAUGAAGUGAAUAGAUGAAAUCUGCUAUUUUAAAUAUAUGCUAUGUGUUGCUAUUUAUGUUGCCGCUAGUAGUACUAUUAUAUAUGUAUAGGUGUUGUUGUUAUGUAACAAAUAAAUGUUGUGCUACAAGCGAAUUUCGAUGUUCUUUAUGCAUGUUUAGGGUUGAAAUACAUGCCGCACCAAAUCGCACUUGUCUAUGCAUCUAUCCUUUUCUGUCACUUAUAACUCGUUAGCCUCGUUGAUACCGCCGCGUGCAAUCGCUUUAUCUUGCUCUAGCAAAUGACGUUUCUGAGUGCCAGAAAAGGAUAGAUAAGAUAGGGCGAGUUUCAUUUAAUAUUAUUCAUACAGAUAUUAAUGACUUAUAUGUGCGUAGCGUAGCUCAAUGAUUUGUUAUUUUUUUAUACUUUUAAGAUUUAUAUUAAUUGUUUUAAUAUACAGUUUUGUUUUAAGACUAAACAGGGAUUUUAAACGUAUUCAACUAACGUUAUCACUGCUGGAUAGAAAUUUAAAUUAAAAAGAAAAACACUUCACAACGUAAUUCUCUUUACCCUAGUUUAUAACUUGAUAUCACACCUGGCAGAAGCAUUUCAAGAAUAGUUAAAAGCAGUAGGUAAAAGGGAAUGUUUUCUGUCAUGCGGACUUAUUUGCUUGUAUGAAAAUUCAGUCUUUAAACCCAAAGUAUUUUUUUUUUAAAUAUCUUUAUUCAGUAGGUAACAUAGUUACACUUUGAAUCAAUUUUUACAUAACGAACGUCUCAUCCGCCUAAAACUACUGCAGCUUCUCACAACCUGUAUAGCCGGGGAAAAGAAACUGCAAGAAAAACCUCGGCACUACCGUGAGCUUUGCGAGUUUCGCGCCGUAUUCUGGUAAUACCACGGGCAACAAAAUGUAUGUAUGUACGCAGGAACUCGUACUAUGUAGGAACUCGAAUAUAACUAAGAAUUCUAGCCCAACUGUGAGAAUGUGGACAUUGCUCUUUACGUGCGGUUCGCAAGUGUGACUUAACUCAGUGUUCGUAUAUUGACGAACGAGACUUGGGGUAUGCCUCUUUCGCACUAAAAUACAGCUUAGUAAGAAAGAGACGAGAGAUAUAAAAAAAAUAAAAAAUAUAUACUUUAUUUCGGACAAUUUUACAUGCUAACAAACGUAAACACAAAAUAAAAUAGGUACUAAAAACUAAAAAAACCACCACCAUAAUGACACACGCUUAGAUACCGAUGGGUCCAGUGCUUAAUAAAGAUGCUGUUCCACCUGUCAGCUAUAACAGCCAGGACCAUCCACCUUCGCGUCCGCAAACAUACCCGAAGCACAUAUUGAGCACAUUGCGCAUAAACGCAUAUUGGAUAAUGUUAUUCUAACCUUGCUACGUUACAUAGGGUAUAAUAACGGGGACUUUACAACAAUGUUGAGAGUCAGAAAAGUGACAUAUGAGCGAGUAGCCGUCAUAACGCGAAGAUUACGUUUAAAAUCCUACGAAGUGAUAUUAAGUAGCUUACGUUGUUAAUUAUGUUAACGCCAUUAUUUCUUGCUGUGAAAUUUUAAUGUGAAUAAAAUAAUUAGAUGACUGACACAUAGUGUACGGGUUUUCCAAGCAACUCAAUAGUUGGUAUUCUCGAGGCUAGUUCUUCUUGCCUAUAUAAGCCACUGUCCAUUAUGUAACUUUGCACAUGUUUGUAGAGCUGCAACCAAAGCAUGUCACAUAUAUCGCGCUUGCGAUAAAUGAACCAGCUCUAUUAAGUAACGGUUUAAUAAAGGUUUAAUACGAUCUACUCUGAACCGGCGUGCGUGUAUGAAGCGAUUGAUGAAUGUGGAGGAAGCAAGAGAAGUGUGUCAGGAUCGAAGCAAAUGGAAUUCUAUAGUCUCUGCUUACCCCGGUGGGAAAUAGGCGUGAGUCUAUGUAUGUAUUAGGUAACCGACGAAAUAACCAGUUCAAUUGGUUCAUUUGGCAUCGCGCGCUACAUGCAGCUGUCACGUUACAGGUCUAGGAGAAAAAAAAAUGUUAAUUGUGUCUCAAUGUAUUCAAUGUGGAACUUUACACUGUCUAUCUGAUCCAAUAUAGGCAGAGCACUAUUUUUAGUACUUUUAAAAUUAUGACAAGUAUAUGUUAUUUACCUGCCAGUGCCAGCAGCUAUGAGCUGUGGCGCUGUCACAUUAUUAAAAAAGCUAGCGUAUUCGGAUCGAUUAAAAUUCUGUCAGACUUUUUAAUCAAAUAAGAAAAAUGUUCAUGGAUUAAUUCAAAUGUUAAUCAAUUAUUCUAAUGACAAUAAUAUAUGAAGAGUAGUGUUGUGUGGUUGUAAUUGUAGGAUAGGCGCCCAUUUGCAAUGAGUCAAUUCAUCAAUUGUAAGGUCAACCUGAUAUUUAUAUUUAUUUAAAAUUAAUUUAUGCACGUUUCAUGAUCAUGUAAAGCAAAUCGUUAUCGUGAAAAAUAUUAUCAUUUGUUCGCCUCAUAUAGCUAACUCGUCGCUUUUAUCGAAUGUGUUAUUGCCAUAUGUACCCAAAAGUUGUUAUUUUUAAGGAUUCAUUAAUAUUUUCUGACUGUAAUUUAUUGUUAUGUUAUGAUGUUUUUGUAAGUGCAAAUCAUAGACAUUUAUGAACCAACUUUUUUUACCGCAAAUUAUCUACUCGACCCGGCUUCACCUUGGUACAAUUUUUGCCGUAUCUUAUUACUAGAGAACUUUAAUUUUUUAAUAGAUUAUCGUUUUAUAAUUUAUCUUGGACCCAGUGUAAUACCCAUGAAUCCAAUUUUCCAUAGCUGUCAAAUACACACACGUUGUUUGUUUACUUUUAGCUCGCUUCUUUUCCUUUUUAUUGGUACGGCGGAAAGGCCAGAUAAAAUAAAUUGUAACCAGUAAAGCUCGCUCCACACAGGUUGUAUAGGCAGCCGGACCAGUUUUUGUUUAUAAAGUUCGAGUUUGCACGCGUUCAUACAGAAAUCCACCGCGAUUCUGUAAUACAAAAUCUCGCGGUACCGCGUCUGUGUGGAUUAGGCUUCAGUGUUGUAAUGUAAAAUCAUAAUUUUGUUUUGUAGAUAGUAUAUCAAAGUAUUUGAGAUGAUUUUGUUUUAAUUAUAUUCUUAUAGACAUUGUGUUGGUUCAUUAUUUAAUUUAUUUUUUAAUUAUAAACAUAUUAUAAUUAGAACAAUUACUAAACUGGUGGUAUUAUAGUAGAAUUUGGUAGACAUACAAAAAUAUCUUAACAAUUCAGUCUGUCGAGCAAUACUUGAGUCUUAUGUUUAACAAUAUCGUAGGUUUUAUUAGCUGGUAGUCUCUAUUUAGCAAAAUGAAUUAUUGAAAGUUAGUCUAAUGGACAGACAUCAUGUAUCGGAAAUGAAUUUAGCAAUGAUACGUGUCUCCUUAAAAUACUAAGUAGUUAGAAAAACCGAGAUAUUAAAAUUAUUUGCUUAAUGAAAUUGUAAUUGAAAGGUCUACCUUCUUUCAUAAUAUGAAUUAUCUUAUUUAUUGUGGUUUUAAAGCUGCUGAUUUCGGUAGAGGUCAUCUAAUUUUAUUUUAAGUUUUCUUAUUCACCAAAAAGGAAAGGGACGGGUAAUCGACACUCAUAAAAUUUAUGGAUCACAAGUUAAAUUAAUGCAGGAAUAUAAAAAUCCGUCAAAAAAAAUAUAUUGGCCAAUAACCCGACAGAAUUAAGUUGACAGCACACGUCAAACAGAUUGCAUAUGAGCGAGAUGUCAAUUUUAUUUGCCCGGGGUUCCUUUCAUUCUAAAAUUAACAGUUAUCAAUCAUCCGUUCCUUUCCUUUUCGGCGAAUAAGAAAAUGUCAGGUAUAACUUAAAAUAAAAAUAGGAGGCGUCUGCAGGAAUCGGGGCCAAUAAUCAUCACGUAAAUUAUGUUUAUACUUUUCAGAACAAUAGGGUUUGAAGGUUGUGGCCUCGUUUGUUUCCUCCAAUUUUAAGAAUUUUCAAAAUCUAUUUUUUUUUGGCUUGUAUUUAUGUCAACUAAAAGAUUUGACUCUGUACGGCAUUUUAGAAAUUUUCAAAAUGGCGGACAGUAGAGGCAGUAAAGUCCUCAAACCCUCUUUCUAAAGUAUUAGGUAUACAAACCCAAGUAGCCAAAUCUAAAAAUAUACAGAAAAAAUCUCGUCAAUUAUAUUGUAAAUAACUAUUAUUGUAUUACAAUACAUUGCGGUGUCCAUUUUUAACCAACUUUAUGAAAUGCUAACUUUUGGUUGUAAAUAUUAUCAAUGAGGGACUUUCCACGCUACGUUUCCCAAAGAACAUAUAGAUGAUGUUGUACGGUCACGAGUACUAAUGUAUACACUUUGAAACCAUGUCACAUUAACUUUUUUGACAAAUUAAACCAUCAGUCUCAUUAAAUGUCAAUUGUGAUAGUGCGACAAGGUUCUAAAGUGGGUACAUGAUAUUGCUCAUGACUGUACAGAGAUAACGUGAUAUUUACCUACUUUCUCGUUACUCGAGUACAUAAUUUUUCAAAUACAUAAUUUAAUGGCAGUAGUAUGUAUAAAAAUAAUUCUUGCUUGUUAUUUGAAUCAGAAUAAUGUAGUAACAUAUAAUGGGUGUUAUAACAAGGGUCAUCGUUUAUACCCAAAAACAAAGAAUAAAAGAUACAUUUAUGUCUGUUGUUGAUGAAAUUAGGAAGGUUAAACGAAGACAACUCUGUACAACGCCAUAUAAUCAUAUAUAUUUGGGGAACGGAGCCUGAAACUGUGCCUCAUCAGAAAGACUUAUUUAAAUAUAAUUAUUUACCUAACCAUACAAGGCCUCUGGCAAAAAUAUAAUAUUAUUAAUAAAGUCAAGAUUUUCUUUAAGUAGGUAGGUAGUUAUUUUAUAAAUUAUUAUACCCUUUCCGAUCGGACACGACUCCAGAUUGAUAUUGUCGUUUAUAUUAUGUACCUAUAUGCUUAAAUAAUACAAAGUCAUACAUAUCUACUACAAAUUGUCGUAGAAUGAGAUGGAUAGAAUUGUAAACCUGUGGAUUUCGCUUUGUUAAAGUUAUUUGAAUGUUCAAAAGUAGAUAAACAAUGUUGUUCUGAAGUUA